GCUCUGUAAACUAGUUAAACAUGCAUUCUAAACGGAAUUCAUGUUCCUACGACUCUCUAUGUGUGUGUGCCUGUACGACAUAUGCAUUUCUUCUCUACAAAUUUAAUGAUAUAUCUAAAAUGUGCCCAACAAAAAACUCAUAUUUCAACAGACAACUUAAAAAAAAUGGUUUAUAAAAAAAAACUCAGAUUUUAUUACUCACUUGACUUCAAAGAUGAUGGAUACGACACUGCCAACGGAGAGGAGUGGGGAAGAAAUGGAGAGGUCCGGUGAAAACAAAGCUGAAAUCGGAAAGGAGUGGAGAAGCGUUCACCAGAGUUGAAGUCGAAACUAAAACAGAGACCCGUGGAGAAGAAAUGGAGAGGUUCGGUAAAAAAUUUGAAAUCAGAAAAGAGUGGAGAGUCGUGGAGAAGAAAUGGAUGGAAGUGGAGAAGAAAUGGAUGGAAGAGAAGAGACGUUCACUAGAGGCACCAAGUUGAAGGAACUGUAUAAGCGAAUGAGUUCAAAAGCGGGAGGCCACUUCAAAACCAAUCGCAUCGAAGAAAAAUGGAGGGAAACCGAGGAAGCUUGGAGAGAAUUGAAGUAAUGAGAAAAAUCACAGAGCUAACGAGAUCUAUGAUCGUCGAACUGAGCAAUGGAAGCUCCAGGAUGAUCGCCAUCGAUCGAUUCAAAAGUUACUGCUCCAAUUCCCUUGAAAACUGUUGUUGUAGGUUCAAUUUAUCUGAAGGGAAGGAUGUUCUAACACUUCAAAGGGAAAGCCACGUCCGUAGACUAGAUGUCUUGCUUAGAGUUCUACUCAUAAUUCAGCAGCUUCUGGGAGAAAAUAGACAUAGCUCAAAGAGAGAUAUAUAUUAUAUGCAUCCCUCUAUAUUUACAGAUCAGUCAGUUGUUGACCGGGCAAUCAACGACAUCUGCAUUCUUUUGCAAUGUAGCCGGCAUAAUCUGAAUGUGGUUUCUGUUGGUAAUGGGUUGGUGAUGGGUUGGUUGAGAUUCUCAGAAGCUGGCAGAAGAUUUGAUUGCUUGAAGAAGCCUAACAGUGCCCACUUUAUUCCUGUUCAAGUUGAAGAAGUUAUAGAUAUUACUAGUGCUGCAGAUUACAUACUCGUUGUAGAGAAAGAAUCAGUUUUUCAGCGUUUAGCAAAUGACCGGUUCUGCAGCAGAAACCGGUGCAUUGUAAUCACGGGACGUGGAUAUCCAGAUGUUCCCAGUAGAAGGUUUUUGCGGCUUCUCGUUGAUGUUUUGGCAUUGCCUGCAUUUUGUUUGGUAGAUUGUGAUCCAUACGGUUUUGACAUUCUGACGACAUAUCGUUUCGGUUCUAUGCAAAUGGCCUACGAUGCAAAGUAUCUCAAAAUCCCACAACUACGAUGGCUUGGAGCUUUUGCUUCAGAUUUUGAGAAAUACAAUCUGCCAGAACAAUGUCUCAUCCCAUUGACUUUCAAGGGUGCGGGAUCUCUCAUGCAGGCACACCGCGCACACACACGCACACACACGCACACUGCAUUUUCAAAUGUUAUUUUCUGUAUUUCUGAUAUGUUGAAGGUCAUGUUUAACCUGUCAGACAAGAGUAGAACUGAAGCCUUGUUACAAAGAUGCUACUUGCGUAGAGAGGUACAACAUUGGAGGUUGGAAUUGGAGUCAAUGCUGGAAAGAGGGGUGAAAUUUGAGAUAGAAGCACUGUCUGUGCACAAUAUUUCAUUUUUGUCCGACGAGUAUUUACCAUCCAAAAUUGAAAGUGAACUAACACUGUUGAACUCAUAGGUAAUUACCAAUCCAUACACUCUACCAACAUGGGGUUGAUUUGGAACCGUAAUGGAAUGAGUUAGUAUAAAAAACUCAUAUUUGGAUCAAAUGUUUUUGAUCCAAUUUAUAAUACUAAACCCAGCUUCGACUUAACCAUAUUUUCGAUCGA